AUGGUGGAUGAUGUCGUUACUACCAACAACCUCAUAUUGUCUCUACGUCAUGAGUUGGGAUUUGUUAUAUCGAACUGGGAGAAAGUACGACAGGGUGUGGAGGCGGACUCCUCCCACUGCAAACCGGUUAUUCAUGGUGGCGAAGAUAAGUAUCCUGUCUGUAUGACAGUUGGUUGGUCAUUCAAUUCAAAGCAUUGUCUACGAAUUGGACAGAACACACCUGACUCGAGAUCAUCCGGCGAUGUCGGCGGUACGGAACCUCAUGAGUGGCCUAUGAUGAUGCAGGGUUCUAAACACUCCGCGCAGCCCGGAAAUGCAGCGGAUAUGCAGGGGGCAAAACCGAACUCUACCAUCGUCUCUAGCGCCAGCGGCGGUGGUGUCAGCGACGAGUUGUCUGAUAGGACUCUGCGACCGCACACCAAACCAGCUGAAUACCGUUUUGUUUAUCGCACAGCAAUCGAUACCGACUUUAAUCGCCCCUCCAUACACCGGACAGCAAACGCCGCUACUAACAGCGCCCCCUCCCCGCCCACGGGCCCCACCUCAGCCGCUAUUACCAGACACCACACAGUAGAUGCGGCUACCCAGACCCCGCCCUCCCCAAGGAGAGGCCCCACAGGUCCUACAUCAGCUGUUAUCGCGAGACGCCACAUAGCAAAUGCCGCGACUAACACCUCUCCUCCGCCCCCUGACUCCACAGCAGCCACCACCGCCAGACGCCCCACGGCCGACACCGCCACAGUGUUUUUGAGUACGGGGCGGGAUCAUGCGGUGGCCUCUUCUAUUUGUAAUUUGAGUGAGCGUCCGAGCGGCGCCGGAAAGACGGUCACGGAGGAGGUGGAGGAGGGGAGAAUGGUGAUGAGGUGGAGGGGAGAGGUUGGGGAUGAGGGGGGAGGGAGAGCUGGUGCUGGUGGGGGUGGUGAGGAAACUGGAGGGGAGGAGGAGGAUUACGCUACUCCGAAGGGCUAG